AAUAUACGGGCCUAAAAACUCUCGCUACUGUUGUCUCUGGUCUCCACAAUCCCCUUCUUGAUCCCUCUUUAUCUCACACACUCCUCACUCUAAUUCAUUACAACUCCACACACGUUCUUUACAUCUUUUUUUCACCUUGAAACCCUAGACCCAUACCCGGUGCCGCCCCCCAAAGCGCGGAGCCACCACCGCCACCACCAUGUCCUCCACGCGCCUCCUCGCCGCAGCGGCUCGCCGCUCUCAUCGGCGAACAGCUCCUUCCCUCUCCCCGCCAGCUGGAGAAUCCCGAUCCUAGAUUCCUAAAAUAUGGGUCCCCCCGACCCACCCUCACGGACCACACUCGGAUCCUCGCUGCCCCCGAGACACGUGUCACCACCCUCCCCAACGGCCUCCGUGUGGCCACCGAAUCGAGCCUCGCAGCGCGCACCGCCACCGUUGGCGUGUGGAUCGAUGCCGGGUCAAGGUUCGAGACGGAGGAGAGUAACGGCACUGCGCAUUUCCUUGAGCACAUGAUCUUCAAGGGCACGGAGAAGCGCAACGCUAGGGAGCUCGAGGAGGAGAUCGAGAACAUGGGAGGCCACCUCAACGCCUACACCUCAAGAGAGCAGACUACUUAUUACGCUAAGGUCGCUGACAAGGACGUCCCUAAGGCACUCGAUAUCUUGGCGGAUAUUCUUCAGAACUCGAGGUUCGAUGAGAAUCGCAUCAGCCGCGAGCGUGACGUGAUCCUCAGGGAGAUGGAAGAGGUUGAGGGCCAGACAGAGGAAGUGAUUUUUGAUCACUUGCAUGCGACUGCUUUUCAGUACACCCCUCUUGGUAGAACCAUCCUUGGGCCUGCUCAAAACAUUAAGACCAUCACCAAAGAUCAUCUGCAGAACUACAUUCAGACACAUUACACUGCUCCUAGGAUGGUGAUAGCUGCUUCUGGAGCUGUUAAGCAUGAAGAUAUUGUUGAGCAAGUGAAAAAAUUGUUCACCAAGUUAUCAACAGAUCCUACCACAGCAUCUCAAUUGGUUGCUAAAGAACCAGCAAUUUUCACUGGUUCUGAGGUGAGGAUGCUUGAUGAUGAAAUUCCUCUUGCACAAUUUGCGGUAGCUUUUGAAGGAGCAUCUUGGAAGGAUCCAGAUUCAAUCGCUCUGAUGGUCAUGCAAGCUAUGUUAGGUUCUUGGAAUAAGACAGCGGGUGGUGGAAAACACAUGGGUUCUGAGUUAGCACAGCGAGUUGGCAUCAAUGAAGUUGCAGAAAGCAUGAUGGCUUUCAACACUAACUACAAGGACACUGGUCUUUUUGGUGUUUAUGCUGUUGCUAAGCCGGAUUGCUUGGACGAUUUGUCAUAUGCAAUAAUGUAUGAGACAACCAAGUUAGCUUAUCGAGUUUCAGAUGAUGAUGUUACCCGUGCUCGUAAUCAGUUGAAAUCUUCGCUGCUGCUUCACAUAGAUGGAACAAGCCCUGUAGCUGAAGAUAUUGGACGCCAGCUACUUACAUAUGGCCGGAGAAUCCCAUUUGCUGAAUUGUUUGCUAGAAUCGAUGCUGUUGAUGCAAGCACAAUUAAACGUGUUGCAAACAGGUUUAUUUAUGACAAGGAUAUUGCUAUUGCUGCAAUGGGACCUAUUCAACGUUUGCCCGACUACAACUGGUUCAGACGCAGAACCUACUGGAACCGCUACUAGUCAUCUUAGUUUUCUGCUUAAUUCAUCUCCAAGGGAGGUCUGGCAUAAAGUUUUGUUUCAAUAUACAACAUGUAUGCCUCUGGUAGCUGUGUUAGCCGCCAAUUUUUAUUUUUUAUAGGCCUGUGUUUCUCUAACAUUCAUGCGAAAAUAAGUAUGCUUUUGUCAUUGAUGUAAUUGGCAUCGUUGAUUCUGCGUUAAUGCUUGUUGCAAAAGUAGGUAUUGCCUUGAAGUUGCCUUGUAUCUUCCUGACUUAACACUUGCAUAUGGUCCAGUUUAAAAGGUUAAGCCUGAAUUCUGGCUGCUCGCAAUGUCGACUUAGUUCUUAUUGAA